AUGGAAGUGAUCACCAUUCACGUGCACGAUCGACACCGCGAAAUUUUGGCUCACAGACCACCCCGAGCACCUCAUCGAAUUUCGGCCGUGUCGAUUCAAGGAGACACAAUCGUCAUUCAGCGGGUCGCUCAAAUGCAACACUUUCUGAAGAAGAGCCACCACAAUCAUCGGAAAAGAAAAAGAAAAAGCGCGGCUUCUUCUCGUUUAUUCGAAAAAGUAAAAAAGAUAGACACAAGGAGACAUAGAAACACCAAAGCCUCAACGGAUUGUCACCACUGUUUGAUAUCAAAGCCAUUCAAGAACUUUCUCCUAGAAUUUCAUUUUAAUAAAUUGAUGCAAAUGCAUCAACAAAGCGGCAAAGUCACUUUGGAGAGUAAAGAGAAAUUGCCGAGCAAAUUGUACGAUGUGGUCUGUGAUGCAAAUCUUCUCGUCUCUCACAUUCAAGCGGCUAGUGGGAGUAAUGAGAUGCUCGGCACGGCCACAAAGCAAUUCGUCGCACAGGAGAACACGAUCGAAUGCACUGCUCAAGCUAUUGAUCGCCUGAACAAAUUGGUGGACGACCUCGAUGAUGCUCUGCCGUUCCCAUCAGAAAUG